CUCCUACUAUUGCUGGUAUGGUUGUGUGUGGUUGUGUAUGUAGGGUGGCUGUGUGUGGCGAUGUGUGCCUGUGUGUGCGAUUUCCCUGGAUCAAGCCGUUGUGCGUCUUGUUUCUAGACGUGACAGGCGCGCCGACUGGCGCCAUCGCCGCUCAUGGCGUCGCCGAUGUGGGAGGUCGUCGGCGGCGUCGGCAAGGGCGGCAUCCUGGUGAGGGAGGGCGAGGGCCUGGCGUCGCCGCAGCUCUCUACCCGCCUGUCGACGGGGUCGCUGAUACAGGAGCUCGAGCUCAGGGGCGAGCGCCUGAGAUAUAAGCUCGCCGAGGGAACUGGCCCGCCGGAGGGCUGGAUAACCCCUGUGCUGCCCCAGAAGGAGCUCGCGGUGAGGACUAGCAAGGUGCCCGCGGCCCUGCCGAGCCCGCAGCUGGGCGAGGGGGGCACGCUGCCCAUCGGGAUCCUGUUCCCGGGCCAGGGCUCCCAGUACGUCAAGAUGUUGGCGGAGGUGAUCUGAGCUGGACCGGUGGGUCUGGCGCAGAUGGGUCGUCGGCGAGAGGUGUGGUCGUCAAUUUUUCACCAUUGCGUGCCAUAGUGCGUGAUUGUGGCUGGGCGCGAGAACUAUUACACGGGCGACAAUUAUUGUGUGGUGUAAAAAAAGAGAUGCACAGUUGCAUCCACGCGCAACUAUUGCAUCCAGCGCGCGACCAAUUGCAUCCAGGCGUCAAAUAUUGCAAGUGCUACUGCACCUCUCCCCGCGGACCCCAUCUGCGCCAGACCCGCUACUCCGGCGUAAAGGUGAAGGACAUGCCGAAGGUGAAGGACAUGUUGCAGAAGUCUAAGGAGAUACUGGGUUGGGACGUCCUCGAGCUCUGCCUCAACGGACCCGAGGAGAAGCUGGAGGAGACCAGGUACUGCCAGCCGGCGAUGUUCAUCGGCGGCCUCGCUGGCGUGGAGAAGCUCCGGGCCGAGAGGGCCGAGGCCGUGGACCGCUGCUCGGUCAUGGCCGGCCUGUCCUUGGGCGAGUACACGGCCCUCUGCGCCGCGGGCGUCAUGAGCUUCGAGGACGGCCUGCGGCUCGUGAAGGUGCGGGGCGAGGCCAUGCACGAGGCGGCGGCAGCGGGCAGGCGGCAGUUGAUGCUGUCCGUGGCAGGCCUGGAGGAGGGGAGGGUCCGGGCGCUGUGCGACGAGGCGACGGCCGCGGAGGGCAGCGGCGCAGUUUGCGGCACGGUGGCGGACCUCUUCCCGAAGGGCUAUUGCGUCGGCGGCACCGAGGCGGCCGUCAGGGAGCUUGAGGGGCUAGCCACGAAGGCCGGCGCGUUGCAGGUGAAGGUGCUGAAGACGGGCGGCGCUUUCCACACGGCGCUGAUGCAGCCCGCCCAGGACAAGUUGUCCGCGGCCAUCGGCGAGAUGCAGCCGCGGAUGAGGCCGCCGGCGCACACGGUGUGGAUGAACGCGUCGGCGGAGCCGUGCCGGCCAGGCUGCCAACGCCCGACCAUCACCGCGCUGAUGAAGAGGCAGCUGACGAACCCAGUCUACUGGGAGCAGUCGGUGAGAGAGAUGCAGAAGGAGGGGGUCACGGAGUUCUACGAGUGCGGACCCAUGAAGCAGAUCAAGGCCAUGAUGAAGCGGAUCGACCCAGAGGCGUGGAAGAACACGACGAACGUCGUGGUGUGA